AUGGAGGCAGACGCACUCCAGAAAGAGAGGAAAAUGGUGACCUUUGAGAAGAUUCCGAAGAGCAAAUUUGGGCUCCUCAAAACGGAUCGGAUGUCCGGAGCGGCGCAGCAGGGCGAUGAUCCCUUAGAGGAUAUCAGCCCAAAGAGCAGUCAGAGCAGCGAUAGCGAGCUGGCUGCUCCCUUGGAGGAGGAGAUCGCGGAACCGCGGCUCCCACUUGUGGACCCCUUAGAGGACCACGAGAACGUCUGGAGGAUGCUGGACACGAUACAGCGAAGGACCAGGUCCAUUGGACUGGUCAAGGAUUUGAGGCACUCGAAGACCGGACUGCUCCUCCUGUACAGGAGCCAGUUUGGGGCGAGUGUCACAGAGAGGGACGAGAAAGCCUCGAUCCCUUUGAGGGACGAGAGCAUAUCAGCAUACAUGCUGUCGGAGUUGGUUCGCGAGCAGGAUAUUUUGCUGGAAUCUCUUCGGACAAACUUCAAUCAGCUGAAGGACUACACGGACGAUCAAGUGGCAUUCUUGGAUUGCCGCGAUAUGCACGAUCCUGGAAAGGAUAAGUCCACCAGAGACCACUUGGGGACCUACCCGCCGAACAUCCAUGACAUGAUCUUGAAUCCUCGCAAGAGUCAUAAAUCGAUGAAGUUCGCGAGGCAGACACACGUCUGUCGUCAACACAAGGCUUUCUCAGGAGGUCAUCAAUACAAUGUGGAGGUCUGGGUCAGAAAAGACCGGCAGCGCCGCUUGGGUGACGACGGCGUUGUGGUCGAGGACCCGAAGCCGAAGAUUCCCUCGAAGGAGAUUCUGCCGAUCCAGCUGGGACGGCAGGGGGACGACAAGGACCUGGAGAAGGCCUGCUUCCUGUUUUUCUCCAGGGUUUACAGCGUCUUCAACCCGGCAAAGGUCGUCGAGGUCACGCAGCCCAAGCAUUGGUGCUUAUGCUGGUUGAAGACCUCUGAUCCGGGAAACGGACGGAGAAGGCGAUCCUCCAGCUGGAUGAAGAAGAAGUGUGAUCCAGCUGGGUCCGACUGCAAAGUCAGCGGAUCAGACUACGCCAGCCAUCGACGUGGACCUGACUACGGGUGGCAGCAGCGACAGGCCGUGACAGGCACGGCGAUGCGGCCUUUGAGCAGUGGUUGCACCCUGGCGGCAGACACGCUGGCGGACCUCCAGUCCAAGUUUCGUUCCGCGUACAGGAAGUUUACAGCCGUGCAGUGGGCCACCACCUCGACGUGGGACUGGCGUGAGGGAGACGAAGAAUCCACUAAGUGGAUCUUCUUCGGUGAGCGGGAGAGCCAGCAUCCGCGCUACAUGCUGAUUUUCCUCGUCGCGCCAAGCUGCGGAUCCGCCUACUACGUGGGCGGUGAGCUCCCCGAGCGACCUCAAGGCGCCCACGGUGUUCGUCCUGGCGAACGCGGGGUUCCAGCCCGGAUCCUUGGAAAGGACCGGAGCCUGGGUGAUCGUGCGACACAGGAUGAUCCUCUUGGAGGACAUCGAUGGCACAAGCAAAUCUCUACGGAGAUUGCGAAGAUCCGUCCGGACCUCCUCCUGCUAGUGUACAGCUUAGAAGACCAAGAGGGUCUUAGCGGACAGGCACAGACCUGGCUCAAGUCCCUCUCCACGUACACAAAAGAAAGUCUCGUGCUUGACAGCUUAGGCAGUUUGCGCUGGAAAUUUUGGUUUGAGAACAGUGUUGAGGGCUCUGAGAGAGAGUUUUUGCUCUUCCAGUGUAGAGGUGACCUAGGCUGUGUUGAGGACCAUGUUGCUGAAGCGUUUCUUGUUGAGGCAAGGACCACAUUCAUGGAUGAACAAGAACUCGCGGAGGAGGCAGACUUCUUAGACACGAUGAGUGAUGAGAAGCCUCGCACGCACCCAGUCUCAGCGCCACCACCUUACGAGUUCAACCACCCAGUUCCGGUGGAUGUGCCUGAGACGGCAGACUACGUAGGACACAAGUAUAGCUGGCUGAACAUUGUAGAUGUCGGCACCAGCUACCAAGUUGUGACCUUGGUCCGCGUGGGAGGCGGACAGCCGAGUUCGUCUAAGUGCUUGCAGAAAUUUAUGCAGCACUGGGUUUCACCUUUCGGGUGGCCCAAGGUAGUCUCUCACGACAGAGGGCUACACAACCGCGGGGCGUUCGCGCACGGGUUGUCUAGCCACGGAGUCCAGAUUCGCCAAGCCGGACUGGAGUCGCCGGAGCACAUUGGCAAGUGCGAAAGGCACGGAGGCAUCAUAAAGCGAGCCUUCAAGCGUUUGGUCAAGGACCAUAACGUGGUAGGCAAAGAUGAUGUCAAGAAGGCCAUGCUCGCGGCGCAAGUGGUAAAGAACGAGUUCAUACGUGUCGGAGGCUUCAGCCCCACGCAGUGGGCGCUUGGACGAUUACCUCGCAGAGUUGGACACGUUUUGGACGAAGAGGAGCUCGGUCAGCUCGGAGUUCUUUCUGGCAG